AUGAGCUCUGUGGGAUUUUCUGUGUGGAUGAAGAGGGAAGAAUGCUUUGUAUUGUUUAGAUGUUUGGCAAGAGUAGGUGUUAUCGACAUGGCUGGUGUAGGUAACCUGUUCAGUGCUGCUAAGAAGGAUCAGGCGUUGGUCGGUCUGUUCAACGACUCCGCUGCCGGUCCUGUUAAGAGAACCAUUACCCAGAGAACCACCAUCAAGGUGGCUCCAAAGAAGCAGGAUGAUACGACGGUUGACGGCGGUGAAUCCAGAAAAGAGGGGGACGAGGAGCAGGAGGACGAGGACGCCGAGGCGCCAACGCCAUUGAAGAAGCAGAAGAAGAAGCGUGGUGGUGACGACGAUGAGAAUGCGGAUCUCGAAGCCAGAUAUCUAGAAAAGAUUCUUGACAAGGAUGAGCCUGCAGAGGAGGAGGCCACUAAGGAGGACUCUGGUGAUUCCGACUCUGACUCUGACUCUGAAACUGAGGCCGCUGAAGCAAAGGUCAAGGUUUCGUCUGCAAAGACGCUUGAUUUGAAGCAAGAAGAGGUGGAGAAGGCUGAGCGUACGGUGUUUGUAGGUAACCUCAACGUCACCACAAUCACCAAGAAAGCCGACUACAAGGCGUUCAAGAAACUGUUCGUCCAGCAUGGCCCAGUUGAAUCCAUCAGAUUCAGAUCAAUUGCAUUCAGUGAACCACUUCCGAGAAAGGCUGCGUUUGUCAAGCAGAGCUUGAACUCGACUCGUGAUUCCGUGAACGCAUACGUUGUCUUCAAGGACAAGGCAAGCGCAAGAAAGGCAUUGGACCUGAACGGUUCGCAGCUGCUGGGGUUGCAUUUGAGAGUCGACUCUGUAUCUCAUCCGGCUAAGGUGGACAACAAGAGAUGUAUCUUUGUUGGUAACUUGGACUUUGAAGAGACCGAGGAGGAACUCUGGAAGAUCUUUGGUGAGUGUGGUGAUAUUGAGUCCGUUAGAAUCGUACGUGACUCCAAGACAAACUUUGGCAAAGGCUUCGGUUAUGUCCAAUUCAAGGACUCCGUCACCGUGGACAGGGCUCUGCUGUUAAACGGCAAGAAGCUCGGCUCGAAGAAACGUCAACUGAGAAUAACGAGAUCUAAGAGAAUGAGACCACAACAGUCAUUGCACAAGUCCCUCAACGCAGCAAAGAACCUCACGGACGAUCAAAAGACCCGCUUAGGAAGGGCCAAGAGGGUCCUCGGUAAAGCUGAUAGAUCCCAGGCCGGUAAGGUCAUCGAGGGCACCAGGGCUAAGAAAGGUGACCGUGUUACCGGUAUAAAGAACGGUAAAGGAAGGGUCAAAAAACCAAGACACACCAAAAGAUCUACAGAGUUCAAGAAGAUGAGAGAUGCAAACGAGACGACUUCUAUGUACAUUGAACCUCUGAAGCUUGUUGUGUUAGCAUCCUUGGUGUCGCCUUCAUUCGAGCUGUUCGUACCGACUGAUCAUUGGCAGUUAGUCCCUGAGGGUGAAGCUUUACCUAGAGGCCUUGACAUAAGGAUGGAUCUUCAGACUGGUGAUAAGUGGGCCAAGCUGUCGGAUGACACGAGCGCUCAGAACCAGGAUAUCGUUGCCGUUCCAAUCAACGAGAAGAGGCCCUUGGCCAAAGUCACCAUUGGCAAAGACACAGCUGAGGAGGGCGAAGCUGCGGAGAACGAAGCUGUGGAGAACGAAGCUGAUGACGAAGACCAAGGCCACAUCGACAAGAUGAAGAGGGCACUGGAAGUGUCCACUGGCCAUCUGGAGCUGGAUGAAACAUUACAGUACGUUUUAAGUGGGAAGAGGGCUGAGCUAGUCCAACAUUUGGAGACCUUGGUGGACCAGUCCCAUGGGCUGAAGGAGGGAAUAUCAAUAGUUGAAAGAGCCUUUGAUGAGCUCCUCAAGUUGACACGCGACGAGAAUGUGACUGUACGGGACUUGUCGCUGAGAGUCAUUGCACAGUGUCUCAGACACAACAAGGAGGCCGUCGAGAAGGUCAAUGUUGUAGAAGUGCUUCCGGUGUUGUUCGAGGACUUGGAAAAUUCUAAUAACUUCAUCCAGAAGAGAAUCCUCGGUGUGAUAUCAGCCCUGGUUGUUGAAGAUGAAGCCAAUGCUAAGAUAUUUGACAAUGCUGGGUACUUCACAAAAUUACUGGCCCAGUUGCCUCAUCUACAAGAGGAUGCACAGCUAAGGGUGCUAAACAUAUUUGAGGAUGUGACGGACCAUCGUUACGAUGAGGCCCUAUUCAAGACCUUGGAGGAUAUGUUGAUUACCAAGAGUUUCAACCAAUAUGCUCUGGAGUCACUGUUCGAUGCGGCCUGUUCUUUAAAACGUGGCAAUAAUGCCCUUAAGGCAUCAUCAGAGUUUAUCAAUUGGAUCCUGGAACAGGUGGAUAAGAGACAAAAGUCAGAUCCAUUCAGAACCAAACUGCUGGAGGCCAGACACGAGGUCUUUGGUAACCGGCUGGCAUUGAGGAAGGCCUUUGAUGAACUGUGAGUAUAUCUAGAGACGGCUUCGUCAAAAUGCGUGCUUCUUGUUUGAUCCAAGAGUUAGUAUGCCAAUUCAUUCAUCCCUGGAACAGUGUAACACCACUUGUACUUGUAUUCACUGGAUGGACUACGCUAGAUCCACCUUAAUUGGAGGCUUAUAUUUACAUCAUGAGCUGUCUUCCGUUCAGAUGCCCUUUCUGGAAAUGUUCCCGACUGCAUCACCAAACUAUGGCGUCUCAAACGUAAUGGAACUGAUUUAAAGGGGAAAGACUGAGGAAAGCGGAUCAUAAAAGUAGAAAUGAAUCCUAUCACUACACGUAG